AUGAACCACACACAGUUCAAUGGUUUCUUGUUAGAGGGAUUUUUGAAUCUUAAUGACCUGAGAAUCUUGCUCUUUUUCUGCUUCCUUUCAACGUUCCUCCUCACUCUGGCUGGGAAUAUGCUAGUUAUCCUGUUGGUGCAAUGUCACACUCGUCUUCACACACCAAUGUACCUUUUUAUCACCAACCUUUCUUUCUUGGAGAUAUGGUACACAAUGACAACAGCCCCCAAGCUUCUGGCUAUUUUAUUAACUAAAGACAACAGAAUUUCCUAUGAAUGGUGCUUUGCUCAGCUCUAUAUGUUCCAUGGUUUAGGCAUGACGGAGUGUGCUCUACUGGCUGUAAUGGCGUUUGACCGUUGCAUGGCAAUAUGUAACCCUCUGAGAUACACCUCUAUCAUGAAUGAAAGAAUGUGUAGAGCUCUGGCCAUUCUGAGCUGGACAUUUGGGUUCUUUGCUUCAUUAAUUCCCACCACAUUGACUCACAAAGUCCCUCUGUGUGGACCUCAUUAUAUUGACCAUUAUUUCUGUGACCUAGCUCCCCUUUUGGCCUUGGCUUGUACAGACACUUCCUUCACUUCUGCCAUGAACAGUAGCGUCAUUGGAUUUGCCACCAUGUUUAACCUUGUAUUCAUCAUAGUUAUGUAUAUAAGUAUUAUAUGGUCUAUUAUGAAGUUACGGUCAAACACGGGGAGAAUGAAGGCCUUCUCCACUUGCUCUUCCCAUCUAAUUGUUGUAGUGAUGUUUUAUAGCACCGCUUUUACAGUUUAUGCCACUCCAAAAGGAUCGUGGCCCACCAGCUAUGACAAGCUAAUUGCUGUCGUUUAUACUAUUGUUACCCCAAUGUUGAAUCCCAUUAUUUACACUUUACGGAAUAAUGAAGUAAGGAUAGCUUUAAAAGAAACAAUACAAAGCAAAAGGGUGACACUUAAAUUGUGUUGA